AUGGCAGGUGUUGGGCAUGCUCAAGCAGUAGUAAUGAACUUAUUGGAUGGUCUGGAUGGAUGUUAUCGAACUGUAGUAGCCGACAACUUUUUCACCACUAUUUCUCUUGCGAAAUAUUUGUUGGAACAUGAUACAUAUCUUAUAGGAACACUAAGAAGUAAUCGUGUUGGAUCCGGAAGCGAAGUUCUUCGGAAAAAGCUCAGCCGUGGUGAAGUUUACCGGCUCCAGAAUAAAGACGGGAUAAAAUUGAUUAUGUGGAAAGAUAAACAGGACGUCUUGAUAAUAUCUACAAGACCAUCGCAUUCAGCAAGCGUGGCAGACAGUGAAAAAACAAAUUUUCAAAAUGAGCGCGCAUCAUAA